GGAGAUGGCAUGGCAGUAUUGUUCUGUUUGGGCUUGAGCCUGCAAGUUUCCUCUUUGGUUGGUGUUAUGAGAGGGCGGAGAGGGAAGAGAUAAUGGGAAGGGUAUUUUUGGUGGAUUUGGGAAGCAAGACACAGUACAGAUGCCGGUUCUGUGAGAGCCCUCUUGCUCUCAAGGACGAUGUCCUCUCUUGGGUAAUCCCUCUUUCUUUUCCAUUAAUUUCAUCAAUUCUUGUCGUGGGAAAUCGUUGAAUUUUGAAUUCAUGUUUAUGGGAUUGUGUAAAGACUCGAACUUGGCCUCUUCUUUACUUGAAAAUCACAAGGCUUCAAUCUAUCGGAUUGAUUUCAAUUUUGUGAUUGUCUUAAAGGGUUUUGGUUGAUACUAAAUGGGUAUUUAGGGUUUUGUAGAAAUUUCUAGUUUGAGGUGGGUAACACAGAGUGCUGAAAAUGAAGAAAAGCUCUUUCCAAAUUAUGGAUGUGAUUGGAGACUGCCUAUGGGAUGUAUAUCCUUCGAACGACAUCCCGAUUCUGAUUGUUUCUACUGUUCUAUAACAAAAUGUUACUGUAAAUUGUAUUGUAUGUAGAGAGCCUUUUUUUUUUUUGGGUUUAAUUUACUUCUGUGCUAGAUGUGAAAGUCGAAAAUUUGCACUUGUGGGGCAUCUGAUAUUUCUUAGAUGUGUGUUUCAGCAUUGCUUUGUUCUGCAAAUAUUAAGUUGAUUGAACUGCGAUUGAUGAAGAAAACAGCUAAGCGAGCUCAAAAUUAGAAAUGAUGAUUUCUGAGAACUCAUCUUGAGUGGAGGUUGUGAAUGCUGUGAGAUUAAAGGUACAAUGAAAUUGACUGCUUUGAAAUUUGAAGUGAGUAAAAUAUGUAAAGCUCAAUACCUCAAAAUUUUAGAUGACUGUAGGAGACUUUUUAUUCUAACCUUAAGAAUUAAGGUCAUACAUGUCAGUUUCCUCUUUGCAUAUAUGUUGGGUCUUUAUGGAUCAUACUCUUUUAAGUUUUAACUUCCUAAGUUAACUUUGUGGUAAUUUAACCAGUAUUUCAAUUGUCGUCAAGGGAGGGCUUUCCUCUUCAAUAAUGUGUAAGUCUCUCUCUCCUCGUUAACACAUUAUAUUAAAAUUUAUGACAUUGA